UGUCAUAAGCGUGUUUUCCUAGUUGCUUCAUUUCAACCCCACUUCUUAUAUCCAUCAAUUUCUCAACAAGUUACAGAAACAAGACACCAAUAACUCUGCAAAAAUUGUUCAGUCUCUUUCAGUUAAAUUCUCUCCAUUCAUUCAUGCUUUAGUCCAAAAAACGACAGCCCCAUGCAUCUUUUCUUGCUGGGGCUGUAAUUUCUAACUUCAACAACAUACUAGAACAAGAUAAUUUUAGUGCUACAAUAAACCCUAGCCAUCACAGAAUUUGAAAAAAAAUAAUAAUACUCAGAUGGUGUUCAAAGGUCGAUUUUUUUCGUCCAAGAAAUCGGAUUCCUCUAGCCCAAAUAGUCCAAGAUCCAGUGGUUCCAAUUCACCAAUCCGAUCCGAUAAUAAGAAAAAAGGUAAGUCUACUUCUAAGGACAACUCUCCAAGCACACCCACUCCAUUGUCUAGUUUUACUAGCUUUAGAGACAAGAAAAAAGAUGCUAAAGGUAAAGAAAGUACGAGUUCUACUACUCUGACUAAGAAUAAUCUAGAAAAAUUCAGUACAGUGGAAGUUAAAGAAACGGCUAAGUUAAAGAAAGGGGUAAUGGAUAGUAAAGAAACUGGAGUUGGGGCUACUGCUUUUCCGCUAUCACCGAUAAUGGCGUCGUCGUUGGGAUUGAAUAAAAUUAAGACACGAUCAGGGCCGUUGCCACAAGAGAGUUUUUUCGGGUAUGGGAGUAGAGAUAAAGGGAAUGCUUUGGGUGUUAGUAAUCUGUCGAAAACGGGUGGUGAUAAGCCGUUGAGUUCUGGUUGGGGAAAGAAGAAGGAUGAGAAGAAGUCGGGUCGGAUAGAUAAUGUGAGUAAUUCAGAUGGUACAUUGAAGGAACGAAGUCCGCUUAUACCUGGUCCAUCAAGGUUGCAGAGUGGUGAAUCAUCUUCUGGAGCAGGGCAAUUCAAUUCAUCUUGGAGCCAUUCUGGAGGUCUCGGGGGCAUGGAUGCAUAUACUCCAGAAUUGAAGACAUCUUAUGAAUGUGAAAACCCAAAGGAGUCUGAAUCACCUCGCUUUCAAGCUAUAUUGCGGGUAACCAGUGCACCUAGGAAAAGGUUUCCUGCAGAUAUUAAAAGUUUUUCCCAUGAACUUAAUUCCAAAGGUGUACGGCCUUAUCCAUUCUGGAAGCCGCGAGGUUUAAAUAAUUUGGAGGAAGUCUUAACGAUGAUUAGAGCAAAGUUCGACAAAGCAAAAGAGGAGGUGGACUCUGACCUGCGCAUUUUUGCUGCAGAUCUGGUCGGAGUUCUAGAAAAAAAUGCAGAAACUCAUCCAGAAUGGCAGGAAACCAUUGAAGAUUUGUUGGUUUUGGCUCGGAGCUGUGCAAUGACAUCACCGGGGGAAUUUUGGCUUGAAUGUGAGGGGAUUGUUCAGGAGCUCGAUGAUAGACGCCAGGAACUUCCAAUGGGUACGCUGAAGCAGCUGCAUACUAGGAUGCUUUUUAUACUUACAAGGUGUACACGAUUGCUUCAAUUCCACAAGGAAAGUGGAUUUGCUGAGGAUGAACCUGUAUUCCAGCUUCGUCAAUCGUUGCAGCCUGUGGAAAACCGCAUUCCUUCAGGCAGGGGAAGAAAUGGUAAGAUGUCUGGUCCUAUGCAAUUCCCAAAGGUGCCGCUGGCCCCAAGAAAAUCUUAUAGUCAGGAACAACAUGGGUUACAGUGGAAGAGAGAUCAGGUUGAACAGCAAGGAGACUCUCAGGUCGCGCAAGCUGAAAAUCCAAAAGAAUUGGAGUCUCCUGGUGGAAGGAAUCGAAUCACAUCCUGGAAGAAAUUUCCAACUUCAGCAGUAAAGAGUCCCAAAGCUUCUCCAACCAAGGAGGACACAAUUGAUAGCAAUAUUGAACCUUCAAAGCUAUUAAUGAACAAAACAGGAACUCCUGAUGUUGAUCUAGCUGCUGCCAAGCAUCCUGAGCUUCUUCCUGCUAAAGAUUCUCAGGCACCACCUUUAAUUCCUUCCAAGCACCAGCAUAAAGUUUCCUGGGGCUGGGGUGAUCAACCAAGUGUUUCAGAUGAAAAUUCUAUAAUUUGUCGCAUUUGUGAGGAGGAGGUUCCUACUUUGCAUGUAGAAGAUCACUCCAGAAUUUGUGCUAUUGCCGAUCGUUGUGAUCAAACGGGUCUUAGUGUUAAUGAGCGCUUGAUUAGAAUUGCAGAUACUCUUGAGAAGCUCAUGGAGUCAUUUUCACAGAAAGACUUCCAGCCCGUUGUUGGAAGCCCAGAUGUCGCAAAAGUAUCAAACUCUAGUGUGACUGAGGAAUCUGAACUCCUCUCUCCAAAACUUAGUGAUUGGUCACGCCGAGGGUCAGAGGACAUGCUGGAUUGUUUUGCUGAAGCAGAUAACUCUGUUUUCAUGGAUGAAUUUAAAGGUUUACCUACUAUGUCAUGUAAAACCCGCUUUGGACCAAAGUCAGAUCAAGGAAUGACGACAUCAUCUGCAGGCAGCAUGACUCCUAGGUCCCCCUUGCAGACACCAAGGACCAGCCAGAUAGACCUGCUAUUGGCGGGUAAAGGUGGUUUCUCUGAGCAUGAUGAUCUUCCUCAGAUGAAUGAACUGGCAGAUAUUGCUCGAUGUGUGGCGAACACGCCUUUAGAUGAUGAUCGGUCUCUAUCUUAUUUGCUCUCUUGCCUUGAAGAUCUGAAAGUUGUGACGGAGCGCAGAAAGCUGGACGCACUUACUGUUGAAACAUUUGGAACCCGUAUAGAAAAGCUGAUAAGGGAGAAGUAUUUGCAACUAUGCGAACUAGUUGAUGAUGACAAGGUUGAUCUCAGUAGCACCGUCAUUGAUGAAGAUGCUCCCUUGGAAGAUGAUGUUGUUCGUAGCUUGAGAACCAGUCCUAUUCAUUCGAAAGACCGUACCUCUAUAGAUGACUUUGAGAUUAUAAAACCAAUUAGUCGUGGGGCAUUUGGCCGUGUUUUCUUGGCGAAAAAGAGAACAACUGGAGAUCUCUUUGCAAUUAAGGUUUUGAAGAAGGCAGAUAUGAUACGCAAAAAUGCUGUUGAGAGUAUUCUGGCGGAACGUGAUAUUUUAAUAUCAGUCCGCAAUCCCUUUGUGGUUCGCUUCUUCUACUCAUUUACUUGCCGCGAAAACUUGUACCUUGUAAUGGAAUACUUGAAUGGUGGGGACCUGUAUUCAUUGUUGAGAAAUCUUGGCUGCUUGGAUGAAGAUGUUGCUCGUGUAUAUAUCGCUGAAGUAGUGCUUGCUCUGGAAUAUCUGCACUCUUUGCGAGUUGUUCAUCGUGAUUUAAAGCCAGACAAUUUGUUGAUUGCUCAUGAUGGUCAUAUAAAGUUGACAGACUUUGGGCUAUCUAAAGUUGGUCUUAUCAAUAGCACAGAUGAAUUGUCUGGUCCAGCAGUUAGUGGAACAUCCAUGAUGGAAGACGAUGAAUUUCAGUUAUUGGCGCCUGAGCAUCAGCAGGAGAGGCGCGAGAAACGUUCUGCUGUUGGCACACCAGACUAUUUGGCUCCCGAAAUCCUUCUAGGAACAGGGCAUGGUUUCACGGCUGAUUGGUGGUCUGUUGGUGUUAUUCUCUUUGAGUUGAUUGUUGGCAUUCCACCUUUCAAUGCGGAGCAUCCUCAGAAAAUAUUCGACAAUAUUCUCAAUCGUAAUAUACCUUGGCCCGGAGUUCCUGAGGAAAUGAGUCCCGAGGCAUAUGAUCUGAUUGACCGGUUUCUUACCGAAGAUCCCAACCAGAGACUUGGAGCCGGAGGAGCCUCAGAGGUGAAGCAGCACCCUUUUUUCAGGGAUAUUAACUGGGACACACUUGCUAGGCAGAAGGCUGCAUUUGUGCCUGCUUCAGAAAAUGCACAGGAUACAAGUUACUUCACUAGUCGCUUCUCUUGGAAUCCUUCAGAUGAACGUGUAUACGCAGGCAGUGAAUUUGAGGAUUCUAGCAACAGCGGUAGUGUUAGUGGUAGUAGCAGCUGUUUAAGUAAUCGCCAUGAUGAACUGGUUGAUGAGUGUGGUGGUCUUGCAGAGUUUGAGUCAGGCUCUAACGUCAAUUACUCUUUUAGUAACUUCUCAUUUAAGAAUCUCUCCCAGCUUGCAUCUAUCAAUUAUGAUUUGCUUUCAAAGGGUUGGAAAGAUGAUCAGCCAGCCGACAAAUCCUAAUGCAUAGCCAAAGUGCCCUUGCAUGCCAGAGUAUCAGAUUUGAGUUUUCUGUUGGGCUGAUGUUAUGAAAAGAAUGGCCAGCCAACCAUCUCCUGUCUGUGUACCUUGUAAAUAUAUAUAUAAGCCGCUUAAAGACUGACUGACUACCGGGGGAUCUGUUUUAUGUCAUACAAACAAGUAAAUUGCUGUGAGGUUCCAUUUAGCUUGUAUUUCUCCUGUUGCCAUGCACAGUCGCUAGAGGCCCUCCAGUCAUUGGCAUUAAGGCCUCUUAUUGUACUUAUAAUUUUCCCUCAACAGCAAUAAAAACAAACCCGUGUGUAAAGGUGA